GACCUGCAAUGCAUUAUUAUUUACUUACUCAUCGGCUUGUAGUUACUCCAUUACCACUUUUCUGUCCCAGUCCUAGACAUCUGUCUGUCUUUAUCUGAUUCGGAAACCAUGUGGUUUUUAAUGUUGUUUUAAUUUAAAUAAUUUAUAUUUUACGUCAUUAUGGACAAUACUAAUACUUUUACUACUCGUAUGAUACGACGAGCUAAGAAUAAAAAAAUUCAUAAUAAUACAGUAAAUGAUAACACAAAUGAGUAUGUUAAGAGUAAACACAGCACACAUUGUCCUAUUGAUGAUAAAUCAGGCCAACGAGGAGCAAAAAAUAAUGGCAACUGUGUUAGAGUAACGUCGACGACGACUACGACGAGUUCACAAUCCAAUGUCAGGACAAUAAAGACCCUAGCGGAAGGAAACAACGACUCGACAAUAACUUCGCUCUCGGCUAAAAUCAAUGACCUCGAUGCUCAGAUCGCAGAUUUGGGAAUUCAGGAAACUUUGCCAAUUACCACCCAGAAUGAUCGUCAAAAAAUUUAUCCCACGCUGAGAGACAUGAGGCCUCAGUCGAUGCUUAGUGAUAAAAAUGUUGGGCCAUUGAUUGCUGGAGAUGAGGAACAACCUGCCCCUUGUGUUGAUGACAAUGAUAACGUUGUCGAGAAUCCUGAUAAGUUUAAGACGCCAAUGAAGCCGCCGAGACGUAAACCUAAUUUGGAAUCAACGCGCAAAGCUUCUCCGAGGUCAGCACCGACUAGUCAAACCAACUCGCCGAAUAUUGAGUGCACGGUGUCGACGAUAAUGCAGACUGAAAGUCCGCUGUCUGUUGCACCAGCUAAAGACGGAGACAAAGAAGUCAACUUGGGCAGCCCGAUUCUGCCUGAUGAAGUUGAACAUUUUUUGGAGAACGCGCUGGGUGAUGAAUUGUACAAUAGUUCAAUCACAUACGGCGCGGUAAUAGACACUUCUAAUGUCAAUGCUUCGGACCUGAUGUCUCAAACCCCUUCAAAGUCUUUCAUCAGAAGAGUAAAAAGUUUCUUCAGCCGUCGACGAUCAACAUCCAAAAGUAACUCGCAGUCACUGAUCUCGCCGCCAAAAGAAUCGAAAUUAUUGAACAGGAGUGAGAGAAAUUUUAAAUUGUACAGGUCACUGUCUACGAGAGUAAAAAGAAAAUUACGCGGCAAUGUAAUAAAAGAAGAAAGCGACAACCCGGUAGCUACAGUACCCGACUAUCUUCAGCUGCCGAAGGACAGCAUUAAUAGCCAGAGAAUUGAGAAGCUGCUGCAAGAAGUCCGCAUACAGACGACGAUACUGAAUCAAGCGAGCAAAGCUCUGGAGAUGUGUCAGCUCAGGAAAGAAUUCAACGCGAGUCUAGAGGAAGUUGAGUCGCAACGUCUGCUGCUGCUGGCCGACAUUCGCAAGAGACUGUUGCUCCAGGAGCUCAAGGAUCUCAGCGGGAUAUCAGAUGACUUCCAGCAGCUGAACAAGUCAGAAGACCCGACUGUGCAGUGCGGUAGCGUCAGUAUCAAGGACAUAAAACUGACUCUGCGCGAGUGUCUUUACCGAGAGUCAGAGCCUGGAGAAAUACAGGAGUGGUUUGUAAUUGUGAUAAUGGAGGGUACAAAUGUCUACGCAAGUUCAGCGAUUCCUUGUCCAGUUGAAACCAUCAUGAUGGAUUUUCCAGGGUUCGGGUGCGUAAUGAACGACUUGUCGCCCAACCUCAAGAUAUUACUUGAAGUCUACGUGCUAAAAUUGACCACCGGGAUAAAUUAUCAGCACGAGCUCAAGUACCAUAUUGGGAACGAUGAAAAAAGUCCUACAUGUCCAUCACCAUCAAAGCUCUUGAAAAGAGUCGAGCGUCAUCCCCUCUCCCCUAAAACACGUCGUCCAGUGUUUUUGUCCUCGUCAUUCACCGUCUGCGGCAGCGUCGAGCUUACGCUGAGAGACCUGACCAUCAACUCGCCCUGGCCGCUAGUUGGAGUUCCGCGGGACUCCAUUCUCCUGGGCACCAUCGGCCUGGAUCUCACCUGCACUCUAAACUUCUCGGUUGACCACAAAGGUUUCGUUAAUUACCUAGACGAGUACGAUGGCCUGACUUACUGGACUCGCCGCUGGUGCGUAAUCCAGGGCAGCUAUCUCCUGUUCUGGAAUUACCCAGAAGACCAGGAGAACAAACCCCCCGCUGUUGUCAUCGACCUGCACACCUGCGCUUCUGAGAAAAUAAAUCAUGUCACCAGGUCAUUGUGCGCUAGACCAAGGACUCUGCUCAUCGAAACUCUUCGUCAGAACACCGCUAAUGAUAAGACCAGUCUAAUGAUUGAAUGCCAUUCGGGAUUCACAGUAACUAAACAUUUACUAUCAUAUGAAACGACUCGUGAACUUGUAGAUGUCAUGGAUAAGUUGAAUUACGUGAUAGGAAUUCUCCGUAAAUGGAAAAUAACGAACACUAUCCGUCCACCUAAACCACCAAGUUCACCGGAAAUGGUUUCCGAACUAUAAAAUUUAUGAAUUGUUAUCGUAAUUUUUUUUUUUUUUUUAUAGUAUCAGUAAUUCAAGUAAUUAUAAUAAUAGUUGAUAUAUUUGUAGUAAUUUAAAUAUGACAAUUAAUAUAUUUGAUAUAAAAUAA